CUUUAUUUUACUUUUUUUUUAUUUUAUUCUCAUAUUCUCAACCUAAUACAAUAACAUUACAAUGCAGCAAAUAUUCAAUACAAUCGGACAAUGGGAAAAGACUCUGCUGGGCACCCCUGAUUCCGAAGAUGUACAAAAACAGCUGGAGAAAGAGCUAAAAGAUGUCGACUUGUCUGCAUUCGAACCGAUUGACCAAUCGCCGGCGGAUUAUCUCUUGAGAAAGAUGACAGAGGAUGAUGAUGAUGUCAAAGAAGAACUUAAAAGGUGCGCUAUUCAAGUAGCUAUCAAAGGGUUUGAAAAUCGCGAAAAUUUCCAAGAUAUUCAAGAUAUUUAUGACAAAUACGCUGAUCAAUCAGGCUUGGGAGAAGAAUUCCCCAUCAAAGUACAAUUGUUUUUCGCCAAGGACAUUAGGCAAUAUUUUGAAGAACACACUGAAGAACAUCCUGAUUUGUGGGAACAUCACAGUCCACAAGACAAUGAUUAUCGAUCGAUUUGUUUCACAGGAGCAGAAAAUGCUGUCAAGACAGAAGACGAAGCUCGAUAUUUGCUUAAAGCAUACGAAGACCUAGGUGAAAACAUACCUGAAAUUGCAGGGAGAAAAAUGUGUGUGCGCGGGAUGUUGCCGAGGGAAGAUAUUGGAUUUGAAUGAAUUCAUUUUUUUUUUUUUUACGUUUCUUUUUUCUAUUUUUUUUUUUUUUCUCUUGAUGCAUAUUUAUCCGUUUAUAUUUCAUCAAUAAUUAGGACUUUUUAUUGUUUUGGUGGUAGUUUAUAGUCUAGUGAUUUUAGAUAAAUAUCAAUGCAGUUGUUCCCAAUCAAUAAAAAUAAAUAAAUAAAAAAAAAAGAGCAUUGCUUCGUUGUUUACUUU